AUGCCAGUGGAGGAAUCUAAGAGAAAGCUGGCCGUUGCGGGGCUAACCGCCAUCCUCUUAGUGGCGGCAGUGAUCGCGGUGGCGGUGGGGUCCUCUAAGGACGGCAUAGACAUAGCCACGAGUGGAGGCGACGCUGAAACCGGGCGCAGCGGCCAUGGCAUUGGCGCUUCGACCAAGGCCGUGCAGGCCAUCUGCUCCCCGACGGCCUACAAAGAGACGUGCGAGGAGAGCCUCGCGGACGCCAACACCACGGACACACGCCAGCUCAUCGAGAGGGCCAUCAACGUGACCGUGGCCAAUGUCGAGGAGGCUCUCGAGAGCUCCACGCUGCUCCAGGAGGCCGCGAGGGAUCCCGCGACCAAGGAUGCUUUCAGAGUUUGUGAGGACGUUUUACAUAGAGCCUCGGGGGACCUGAGGCGAACGGUCGGGAAGAUGGCGGAGUUCGACUACAUGAAGACGGACGCAUUCGUGGCCGACCUCCGGACGUGGCUGAGCGCGGUUGUGACGAACCAGGAGACGUGCGUGGACGCGUUCGAGAAUACGACCGGAGACACUAGUGAAAAGAUGAAGAAGCUUCUGGAGACGGCGACAGAGCUGGCGAGCAAUGGCCUGGCGAUGGUGACGGAGCUCGCCACGGUGAUCAGCUCGUUCAACCUUGGCAGCCUCGGUGACAUGUUCGGCGGUAGCAGGAGGCUUCUGACGGCGGCGGAGGAGGAGAAGAGGAGGCUGGCUCAGGAGAUUGACACGCUGGCGCCGGAUAUUUUGGUGGCGCAGGACGGGACCGGCCAGUUUGAGACCAUCACGGAGGCUGUCGCGGCGGUGAAGAACGACUCUGAGAAUUCCACUGUGAUCCAUGUCAAGGCCGGCGUCUAUAAUGAGUAUGUGUCGAUUCCAAAGGGGAAGAACAAAGUUGUGAUCAUCGGAGAUGGACCUGAAACGACUAAAGUUACCGGAAAUAAAAGCAUUGCCGGUGGUGUUCCGACCUUCUACACCGCUACACUAGAUGUAAACUCAGAAGAUUUCAUAGCCAAGGACAUUGGAUUUGAAAAUACGGCCGGCGUCGAUGGAUAUCAAGCUUUGGCACUGCGCGUCUCCGGCGAUAGGGCAAUAUUUUACAACGUUAAGGUUGAUGGGUAUCAAAACAGUCUUUGUGCCGACGUAUACCGCCAAUUCUAUAGCAACUGCACCAUCACCGGCACCACCGACUUCGUCUUUGGAGACGCACUCGCCCUUUUCCAAAAUUGCACGUUCGUAGCCCGUACGCCCGGUGCGAACCGAGAAUCUGUGGUUUUUGCACAAGGCCGCAACGACUCCAACAGCAACAGCGUUUUCGUCAUCCAAAACGGACGCAUAACGGCCGAACCGGCGCUUCUGGAAGUGCAACCGCCGGAUCGGUCGUACCUUGGCCACCCGUGGAAACCGUACUCACGGACCGUCAUCAUGCACACGGAAAUUGACAAUUUCAUCAACCCGGUCGGGUGGUCGACAUGGAUCGGGAAGCUCGGCCUUAACACGUGUUACUAUGGCGAGUACGAGAACACGGGACCCGGUUCCGAGACAAAGAACCGCGUUACGUGGCGGGGUAUACGGAAAAUCACAUCGGAAAUAGCGAAGACUUGGACCGGGUCGGUAAUAUACGUCGAUGAUGGGUGGAUUAAAAAAUCUGGAGUUCAAUACGAACCUAACUUAAAGGAGAUUUAAUUUCAUUCUUG